UCCGAAGGCACGUGAUGCUUGCUUGCUCCUGAUUGCCUCCAGCAACAAAGGGCAGUCACUCCGGAGUAUAAAAGGAGCCCAGCGGGGAAGCGGGGGCGUGGCUGCGCCAUUGGGGAAAGCGAAUUUGUUACUUCGGUCGGCUGCACCUCAACUCACCAUGGCUUCCACCAAGAAUGCGGAUGUCGCCCCGUCUACCGCCAGCCCGGCAGUGGAAGAAACCGAACAGAAAAUAACUGAGAACGUAGCGGAUCGGGUAGCCAGCCUGCCACUGGUCAGCUCCGCCUACGACAUGGUCUCGGCAGCGUACACCUCUACGAAAGAGAGCCAUCCCUACAUGAAGUCGGUUUGUGACAUGGCGGAGAAGGGAGUGAAGACUAUUGCCUCGGUGGCGGUCACCGGCGCCCAGCCCAUCCUGAACAAACUGGAGCCACAGAUUUCCACAGCGAAUGAAUACGCCUUGAAAGGUUUGGACAAGCUGGAAGAGAAAUUGCCAAUUCUUCAACAGCCGACUGAUAAGAUCAUUUCGGGCACAAAAGACCUGGUCACUGGAGCUAAGGAGGCGGUGAGCUCCACCGUCAGCGGCAUGGUGGACAGAACCAAGGAAGUGGUCCAGGGUGGGGUGGAGAUGACCCGCUCGGCCGUCCAGGGCGGUGUGGACAUGACCCGCUCGGCUGUCCAAAGUGGUAUGGAGAUGACCCGCUCAGCGGUGUCCAGUAGUGUCAACACCGUCAUGGAGUCUUCCGUGGGCCAGAUGGUGUCCAGCAAUUUGGAAGCCGCCCUUGGAAAAUCUGAAGAGAUGGUGGACCACUAUCUCCCCAUGACGGAUGAAGAACUGGCCCAGCUGGCUACCUCCGUGGAAGGCUUCGAAACUGGCACGGUGGAACAGCAGAAGGAGCAGAAAAGUUACUUUGUGCGGCUGGGGUCCUUGUCCAGUAAACUUCGUCACCGGGCUUUCCAACACUCCCUGGCCAAGUUGAAAAAGGCCAAGCAGGGCACCCAGGACACCCUGUCCCAGCUGCACCAGACCAUUGAACUGAUUGAACACGUCAAACAGGGGGUCGAUCAGAAGAUUCAAGGGGGCCAGGAAAAGCUCCAUCAGAUGUGGCUGCAGUGGCAGCAAAAACAGUCUCCUAAGAAGACCCAGAAGGAUGUUCCCGAGACACAGGAGAUCGAGUCCCAAGCGCUGGAGGUCUCCCGCGGCCUCACCCAGCAGCUCCAGUCGGCUACGACAACAUUGGUCUCCAACCUCCAAGGUCUGCCAGCCGGGCUUCAAGAGAAAGUCGGUCUGGUCCGUCAGAACGUGGAGGAGCUCCGAAGUGCCUUCACAACCGCUGGGUCCUUCCAGGACCUGUCGGGAUCCCUCCUAGCUCAGAGCCGGGAAAAAGUCGCCAAGGCCCGUCAGUUGACGGAUGAGCUGAUGGAUCACGUGGUACAAAAUGUCCCCCUUACUUGGCUCGUAGGCCCUUUCGCGGCCUCGGGAAAACCAGAGGGGGAAGAAAUAGAAAUGAAAUAGGAUUUCAAGGAUGUGAGCAAUUUAGAGUAUUGUUAAGUGUAAGAAGGGUAUUUUGUUUUUUUGGGGGGGGGGGUUUUGGAGCAAAGAGAAGAAUUAAGCUCGGCUGCCAAUAGUUUAAAUAAAUAUAGAAUUCUGGGUGCAAAAGCUUUCUCAACCACGUAAAGCCAAGGGUUUUUUGUUUUUUUUUGAUAGUCCAGUUGCUUUUGUUUUCCUAACAUGAUCCAGUGAAAUUUAGUAAAUCGGCAAUUUGGGAGGCAUUUUUCCUCCCCACCUACUCAACACCCACUUUUUUGACUUUGCAGGAUUAGGAGAAUCCAUUUUCAGUGGAUGUGGCCCAAAGGAAGAAGGGAUUAUCUAUAUUUUUCACCUUCUUGGGGAUGGCAGAGAGAUUAGUUUUUGCAAGGGAAAUCUCGGAAACAAAAGAAUGAUUCAGUUUGGUGCAAGCAGCGGGGAAGUUAACCAAUUACACCUAAGUAGUGCCUUUUUCUUCUGAUUCCCCCCUUUUCCUGGUGAUAAUUCUCUGGCUUAAUUGAUCUUUUUUCCUCCCCUUUUUCUGCUGAGGGCACAGAGUUAGGGGUUUUUUUUUUUUUUUUUUUUGCAAAUGCUUCCAGAACCGAGAAAGCUGAAAUGGCCAGAAAUUUAAGUGGGAUGAAGGGAUGGAGACAAAGGUUAGUAAAUUAUCUGGGUUGUUUUUAUUUCAGCUUUUCUCGGUGCCUAUAGACUUUAGUUGGGAGAAGGGAAAAUGAGGUUAAAUAUCUUUGCAAAAUGUCUUCUGUAUUUGCAAGGGAUAUUAUCUAGGGCAGUGUAGCAUCCCCUGGUUGAAGUUCUUCCCAUCAUUUACAACAGUGGGCGACUUUAAGAGUUGUGGACUUCAAUUCCCAGAAUUCUCCAGCCAGCAUGGCUGGCUGGGGAAUUUUGGGAGUUGAAGUCCGCAAGUCUUAAAAUAGCCCAGUUUGAAGACCCCUGAUUUACAGGGUGGAAUCAAGUCUUAUCUUUGAAGGAGAGGAACCAUCAUAGCUCAUCAGAUUUGUUUCAUUUUCAACUCCUUGCUUGUAAUGACUUUUCAGAGUUUUCGAACAACUCUGUUAUACGUUGGGUAAACGGAUUUCCCCACCAUGCUUCCAUUGUCGAUUUAUAACCUGUGCCUUAACUCACAAAAAUAAAACUAAUAUCAUAUUGCAUUCAAAAAAUA